AUGUCAACACCAAUUAUUAGUGCCAAGUCCCUUGCGAAUCUCACACGGGCACGCUUUACUACGAUUCGGUCGCCUAAGCUUGGGCAAGUAAUCAAAAUGUCCUGUUCCAAAAAUGUGGCAAAGAGUUACCAGCAAGUGUCUGUUUUUCAAAGAGAGCAUGGAAAAAUACUGAUUGACGAUAUAGAGAUUCAUCGAGGACAUGUUAUCCUAGAUUUGGGCUGCGGUACUGGAGAAUUGUCUGCGUAUCUGUCCGAGCUCGUAGGAGAAGAUGGAAGAGUCGUUGCCGUUGAUCCCGACAGUUAUCGAGUAGAAGUGGCGCGAGAAUCACACAGGGAAGUAAAAAAUCUCGCAUUUCAUGAAGGAAGCUCUGCCAGCUUCCCAGGAAUGGACUCGGAGACUUACGACAUCGUCUUCUCCAACUUUGUGUUUCACUGGAUUCAGGAUAAAGAAGAAGCAUUCAAGAACAUGUUUCGGAGCCUGAAACCAGCAGGGAAAAUUGUCCUGACUUACGGCGAUCGCUUACAUUCCAUCGAACAUAAAAUUUAUGGUGAACUUCAAAACUCAGAAAGCAUGGAACGCAUGCGAAGUAAACGUUGGUACGAGAGAAGGUCAAAAAUUGAAGAGAUGUGUUCCGCUACAGGAUUCGAAAUCAUAAAAAGUGUCGACGUCAAAAUGGAGGAUCUUGAGUUCGAAAAUGUUGAAAGCUUGUGCUCAUUUAUCUUGGCAACUAAUCAAGGCAGGUUUGUUUCAGAGCUAGCCACGAGAGAUAAGGUAUCGAGGUUUUGUACUCAGUACACAAGCGGAGAAAAUUCUAAACCGUUGACAGUUUAUACUGAUGCAGGAGAUUAUUACUGCGUACUGAUUGCAGCCAAACCAUAAAGAAAGUGUCGGCCUUCUGGAUUAUAGUUGA